GCCGCCGCCGCGCAAGAUGCUCUUCCAGAGCUUCGACCUGGUCUCGGCGCUGGCCACCUUCGUCGCCUGCCUGGUGUCCGUGACUCUGCUCCUGGCCGUGUCCCAGCAGCUGUGGCAGCUCCGCUGGGCCGCCACCCGCGACAAGAGCUGCAAGCUGCCCAUCCCCAAGGGAUCGAUGGGCUUCCCGCUGGUCGGAGAGACCUUCCACUGGCUCCUGCAGGGCUCCUGCUUCCAGUCCUCCAGGAGGGAGAAAUAUGGGAACGUCUUCAAGACCCACUUGCUGGGGCGCCCCUUGAUCCGGGUGACGGGCGCUGAGAACGUGCGCAAGAUCUUGAUGGGGGAGCACAGCCUAGUGAGCACGGAGUGGCCCCGGAGCACACGCAUGUUACUGGGCCCGAACACUGUGGCCAACUCCAUCGGGGACAUCCACAGGCACAAGAGGAAGGUGUUCUCCAAAAUAUUCAGCCAUGAAGCCCUGGAGAGCUACCUUCCAAAGAUCCAGCUGGUGAUCCAAGACACGCUGAGGGCUUGGAGCAGCAACCCAGAAUCCAUCAAUGUCUAUUAUGAAGCACAGAAGCUCACCUUCCGCAUGGCCAUCCGGGUCCUGCUUGGAUUCCGGAUCCCAGAUGAAGAACUCAGCCACCUCUUUGAGGUCUACCAGCAGUUUGUGGAGAAUGUCUUCUCUUUACCUGUAGACCUGCCUUUUAGUGGCUACCGGAAGGGGAUUCGUGCUCGAGAGCUAUUGCAAAAGGGUUUAGAGAAAGCCAUCCGGGAAAAGCUGCAAAACACUCAGGGCAAGGACUACUCUGAUGCACUGGACCUCCUGAUAGAAAGUGGCAAGGAGCAUGGCAAGGAACUGACCAUGCAGGAACUGAAGGAUGGCACCCUUGAGUUGAUCUUUGCUGCCUACGCUACCACAGCCAGUGCGAGCACCACUCUGAUUAUGCAGCUCCUGAAACAUCCCGGGGUCCUGGAGAAGCUUCGCGAAGAGCUGAGGAGCAAAGGGAUCCUCCACAAUGGUUGCCUCUGUGAGGGCUCCAUCCAGCUGGACACCAUCAGUGGCCUCCAUUACCUGGACUGCGUAAUCAAGGAGGUCUUGCGACUCUUCACCCCCAUCUCCGGAGGGUACAGGACGGUGCUGCAGACCUUUGAGCUGGAUGGUUUCCAAAUCCCCAAGGGCUGGAGUGUCAUGUACAGUAUCCGGGACACUCAUGACACAGCUCCUGUGUUCAAGGAUGUGGACGUGUUUGACCCCGACCGUUUUGGACAGGACCGUACUGAAGACAAAGACGGCAGGUUCCAUUACCUCCCUUUUGGUGGAGGUGUACGGACCUGUCUUGGCAAACAUCUUGCCAAGCUGUUCCUCAAGGCACUAGCCAUUGAGCUGGCCAGCACGAGCCGAUUUGAAUUAGCCACCAGGACUUUCCCUCGGAUCACGCUGGUCCCUGUUGUCCACCCGGUUGAUGGACUCAAGGUCAAGUUUUUUGGACUUGAUUCAAAUCAGAAUGAAAUCUUGACAGAAACAGAAACCAUGUUGGGUGCCACUGUGUAAGCCAAAUCCUUGGUCCGCUUCUCUUGGUUGGGGAGGUUGAGGGGCCUAGAAUGGAGGAAUGGAAAGGAAAGAGCAAAACCCACCACUGAUGGAGAUACGCCACCUCACCACCUUUUGUGGAACAUCCUUGAGCAAAACUUCUCUGAUGAAUAUGCCAAAACAAUGGUGGUGUUUUAGUGUGA